GAGAGAGCGAGAGAGAGAGAGAGACAGAGACAGAGACAGAGAGAGAGAGAGAGAGAGAGAGAGAGACAGAGAGAGAGAGAGAGAAAGAGAGAGAAAGAGAAAGAGAGAGCGAGAGAGAGAUGGGAGGGGUACUCUAGAAUUCUAAAUGAUAUGUCGAGGUGCAAAGUUUCGUCCCAUUUCAGUGGCAUCCUUGGAAUAAAUGUUUUGCACUUUUCAGCAGAGCAAGGGACACUUAUGUGGAUAGAAUUACAAUGAGACCUUUAAACAUCUAAGGAAAUCAUCUCUCCGACUCUUCUCCCUAAGAGUGUGUUUUCUACCAGCAUGAGUUCGGAGUGCACAAGCUACUACAGCGCAGAGAAUGUGUUUAUGAAUGGCUCUUCAUGUCCUAAAGAAGGGAGCGAUCCGAGCGCGACAUUCUGCUGCGGAUUUAACGAUAUCAAGUAUUGCUGUGAUGAUCCCAACAGCUUUUUCCCUUAUGAGUAUGGAUACAUGUGGUGGCUCAGCUUUGGGGCUCUGAUAGGUCUGUCCAUAGCAGCAGUGGUCCUCCUGGCCUUCCUCAUCACAGUCUGUGUCCUCUGCUACCUCUUCAUCGCCACUAAGCCCAGUCGCCUUGACAACGGCCUGCCACUACGACCACCAGGGUUGGACCCCCGUGAGGGCCCCAGCCACUCCGGCCCAGCACCGUCCAUCGGCCCUCAGGGCUUCAGGAAGCACUUCUUCAGCAGGAAGCUGGACUGUGACAACCAGCCACCCGACCCUGAGAGAUUGUUCCAGAGGUGCUUCGUCACCACCGUCAACAUGGAGGGCCCAUCGUAGUGCUCUUAAUAUGGAGGGCACUUUGUAGGAUGCUUAGGAGGUAAUGGAGGGCCCUUCGUAGGACGCAUAAAGGCCCAGUGCAGUCAAAAACGUGAUUUAUUUGUGUUUAAUAUAUAUUUAGGUUGGGAUAAUACUGUGACAUUUAAAAAAUAAUUGCUCUUGUUAAGAAGCCAUUGUUUCGUUUUGACCAUUUUGAUUCAAAACAAUCACAUUAAGGUACUUAAUUGUUACCCAGAAAUUAUUUGAUAUUAAGAUAAAAAUGUAUGCAUUGGGCCUUUAAUAUGAAGGGCGCUUCGUACGACGCUGUCUUCUAAAGGCGGUCAGAUGCUUACUUGUUCUGACUGGAAAUGAGUGUAUAGAAGACUACGCCACACAGAGGGAGGACUGGAGAAGCAACAACCAUUAAUGACCAUGUUCUGUAUGGACUGGAGUAGUACUGAGUUUGUCAAUGUUCAAACAGUAGUUGGCUGGUUAACCCACUCUAGAAACAUUUCAGUUGAGCUUCUUUUUUUUCUGUUGAUGAAAAUAAACUUCAAAAACAGAAAGACAGAAGUCACGCUGGACAACUGUGGACCCGAAGCAUAUUGUCUGUCUUGCCUCACCUCUGUAUUCCAAUGUUGUUUGAUGAAGCAAGAGAAAGGACAGAGGGAAAUCUUUUCAUUCAUUAUUUUGUGUUGAGAAAUCCAUUUUAACUGUGUCUGAUUUAAUAGAAGCUCGUGUGUCUUCAAGACAGACACUCUCAGAUAACAAGCUCCUCAAACCAGCAUUUACUGAACUUCAACGUCGACAGUUUGUGUGAUUCUUCACCUUCUAUCUGGACACUGUUUUCGAUCGUCUACGUGUCUGUGUGUGAAAUGUUUAUUUGGUUGAGAAUGUUGCCAAUGGGACAACAAGUGUCUACAACGUAUUUGCAUCCAAUAGAACUGAUAAGGAAAUAAAUCAGACAUAGUACAACAUAAUAACAAACAGAAAGCCUCAGAUUUCCAGUUACCUUAACUUGGCCCGGUUUUCAAAACGUUCAAGGUGGAAUCCAUAACGGUAAAACUGCCACGUCCUUUUGCGAUAUUACAACAACAAAUAAGUCACACCCUCUGACAUCAUCAUCAUCAUUCCACGCGCGAUAGACCAACAGCGUACGUACUGUAAUUAUUUAUUUUCACGAUGCUGGACACUCCACAACUCGGUUUCAUCAACAAAAACAAAUGUGCUGGCGCGCACAGCGGCGUCGUUUGCCCUUAUGUGGAUUUCAGCUUUAAAAAGGUCAUGUCUGUUGUAAUAUAAAAUACAUGAAAUUGCUUGUUGAAACAUUGCAUGUUGAACUGUCAUGUUGAAUUUUCUCAAAACUCAGCAUUGAUCAUGGCAGAGAUUAUAGAAUGUUAUGUUCCACCGCUGUCCAUGCUGCUGUCCCCAUGUUCAGAAACACUUUAAUUCAUGUGGUCAAAGUCAUUGUGUUGCCAAUUUGCCAUAUACAAUGGCUGCAUGCCAUGAGGCAUCAGUUGUGUGAGUCACUUCUUUGUUAGUCAUGCUUCAAAUAGAGAGUAACUUGUCAAAGAGGAAAGAUGGUGCACCUUUAUGGUGUGUUAUCACAGCAGGCACCAAGUUUGAUGUUUUCUCAAUCUAUUAAAGUGGGUGGCUGAGUGCACAACACAUUAAAAUGUACUUACAAAAAUAAAA